UCAAGGGAAGGACGGUGGACGAAGACAUCGUGACUGUCCGGCAUGCGCUGACGCCCUCUGAACAGCAAGGGGUUGGAAGGGUAGGACAUAGGAUUCUCAAUUCCCAUCAGGCCUUUCUGGUUGUGGAGAAAAAUGAAUACGAUCGGGGUGUUUUCCCUCACGCUGCUGUCUGCCCUGGCAGCCCACGCUACGGUCAUUGCUCCGGGAAGAUGUCCGAAUGUUGCUGUUCAUCCAGAGUUUGACAUCACCAAGUAUCUUGGCAAAUGGUAUGAAAUCCAGAAAUUGCCAAAUUUCUUCGAGCUAGGCCAGUGCGGUACUGCCACCUACAGCCUGAUCAGCCCUGGAGUGGUUGGUGUCUUCAACAGAGAGCUGCUUCCCAGUGGUGCCACUAAAGAAAUCUAUGGCAGUGCCGUGUCCAGUCGCGUUGAGCCUGCCAAACUACAGGUCAAAUUCUAUGAGAACACUCGUUCUCAUCCGUACUGGGUUCUGAGCACCGACUACGACAACUAUGCCCUGGUCUACAGUUGCUCUAACUACGGUGCGUUCCACCUGGACUUAGCCUGGAUCCUGAGCAGGCAUGCUAGUCUCCCUCAACACAUCUUAGACUAUCUGCACAGCAUCCUAGUCUCCAUCGGAGUCAAUGUGGACAAGCUGAUCACCACCAACCAGGAUGCAGCUUACUGCGGCUUUGACAAAAGCAAAUAGCGCAAUUAGAUCUGCAAUUUUUUAUUUGUAAACCUCACUAAGUGUUUUCCAUGAAAUAACUAUUUAAU